UAAAGUGACAAAUUAGAUCUGCUAAAUCCGAAUUGGAAUAUCCAACGUGUUAAAAACAGUCGUUUCAUCAAAAUUGACCCUUUCAAAAUUUGUACACAAAAUUCAAUUUCCCUUUCCAAGAAAUCCUUUCAAUUAAUUUUUCAAAUUCAAAAGCAAAUCAAAAUUGCUUCUUUUAAGCUUUAGCUCUUUCUCUUCCCCAAAAACCCUAAUUUUUUCCCCAUUUUCAACAUCAUUUAUCAAUUCAAAAUCCUUCUUUUAGAUCUCUUAUUGCUAUUUCCAAUUAUUUUUUUCCUACUUUUGUUACAUUAAUUCCAAGAAAAAUGAAAAGACGAUCCAAUUCUUUGAAUUCCGUGAAAAAUCUUCAUUAUUCCCCUCAAUCUCUUCUCAAACUUUGAUGGGUUUUGUGACUUUCCAAAAAAAGAAAGAUUUUUUAUUGUUUUUGUGUGUAUAAGUUUCCUUUUGCCUGUAUAUUUGCAGACAAGAAAUCUAAUUUGAAUGAUACACUGCCAAAAUCUUAGGGUAAUUUGAAAUCUAAGAUUUUGAUUUGGGGUUUUUUGUUUAGAGGAAAAAAGAAGGUUGUUAUGGCUGGUUCGAAAAUGGAGGGUUCGUCGUUGCCAGCUGUAAGGCGAGACCCGUAUGAGGUAUUGUGUGUAACAAAGGAUUCAUCUGAUCAGGAGAUUAAAAGUGCUUAUAGAAAGCUUGCUCUCAAGUAUCAUCCUGACAAGAAUGCUAACAAUCCUGAAGCUUCAGAACUCUUCAAGGAGGUUGCAUACUCAUAUGGUGUUCUAUCUGAUCCAGAAAAAAGGAGACAAUAUGAUAUGGCAGGUUUUGAGGCUCUUGAUGCUGAAGGAAUAGAUAUGGAAAUUGAUUUAUCCAAUCUUGGAACAGUCAACACAAUGUUUGCAGCAUUGUUCAGCAAGUUGGGUGUUCCCAUCAAAACGACUGUCUCUGCUAAUGUUCUUGAAGAAGCUUCAAAUGGAACGGUCACAAUCCGCCCUCUUCCAAUUGGGGCAUCACUUAGUGGAAAGGUUGAAAAACAAAGUGCCCAUUUUUUUGGUGUAACGGUUAGCAAUGAACAAGCGGAGGCAGGGCUUGUAGUUAGAGUUACUUCAGCAGCUCAAAGCAAGUUUAAGCUACUGUAUUUUGAACAAGAUGCGAAUGGGGGUUAUGGCCUGGCUUUGCAGGAAGAUAGUGAGAAAACGGGUAAGGUAACGUCAGCAGGAAUGUAUUUCUUGCACUUUCAGGUGUACAGAAUGGAUUCAACAGUAAAUGCGUUAGCAAUGGCUAAGGACCCUGAAGCUGCUUUCUUUAAGAAGCUGGAAGGCCUUCAACCUUGUGAGGUCUUGGAACUAAAAGCUGGCACUCACAUAUUCGCUGUUUAUGGAGAUAAUUUCUUUAAACCUGCUAAUUAUGUAAUUGAGGCUCUUUGUGCCAAGUCAUAUGAGGAUACUACUGUUAAGCUCAAGGAUCUCGAGGCUCAGAUAUUGACGAAGAGAAAUGAGCUUCGGCAGUUCGAAAUAGAAUAUAGAAAGGCAUUGGCACACUUCCAGGAAGUGACCAACAGAUACACCCAAGAGAAGCAGUCUGUUGAUGAGAUGCUGAAACAAAGAGACAGUAUCCACUCUUCAUUCACAGUUGCAAGGUCAAUUGCUAAUCUAAGUGGUAGUGGAAGCGGGCAUUUCAGUAACGGAAGUAGCAGUAAAGUCCUUGGUGAAGAUUAUAAAACCGAUAGUCCAGGGGAAGAUGGUAGCUCAGACUCCAAGGACAAGUCAUCGAAGAAAAGAUGGUUCAACCUAAACCUCAAAGGAUCAGAUAAAAAGUAACUGAAAGUGGACGAUAAUCUAUGUUCUAUACUUCUUGCCGAGUCUGGAAUUCUACCAUUGCUAGUCAAAGGCCAAGGGCAGGUGUUGCGCUGCCGGCAGAAGUCUCUUCAUAUAUUCUUUGUUCUAUUUGUUAGUGAGGUUUGAAAUAUAUAGGUUUUGUUUCUGUGUUUUGUAUCCAUGAUUCUUGUGAUGUACCAUAAACUAGGCUGAUCUUCAGCUGUCAAUCCGAUAAAAUUAUAGAA